UCUAUAUAACAAAAUAAUUUCUCCCUCCCUAAUCUAUUUCCAUUCCCUUCGUUUCCUCCCCAAAUCCCUCCCUCUACAUUUUCUCUUUCCCUUCUUUUCCUUUUCAAUACCAAUCCUUUCAAAAUCACAUCAUAAUUUCACAGAUUAUUAUUUUUUAAUUUUUUGUGUUUUUUAAGGUUAAAUUUAUUAUAAAUUCGAAGAUACCGAAAUUCAGAAACCUGGAAGAUCUGGAGCCAUUACCGGCUUCCACCGGCAACGGCCAGAUCCGGUACCGAACACCAUCCUCAGCCGAGCUCCUCGAGUCCGGUCCAAACGGAGGCUCAUUAUCUCCGACCGGAAACGGCACCGACGAUCACCUAGAAAAGAUGAUCAAGCGUUCAAUGGCGAGGCAUGACUCCAUCUCCGACAAGAUCCAUAAGUACCGAGGCGUUCUUCUGGUCAUAUCCAUCCCUAUCGUUCUUAUAACCUUUUUUUUAUACGUCAUGCCGGGGAAAUCGGCGUCUGAUGCUGCCGUGCUGGAGGAGAUCGAGUUAAAUAGCAGGAGAGUAGGGGCGAAUUCCAGAGGGAAUAGGAAUUAUGCGGUGAUUUUUGAUGCGGGGAGUUCCGGGAGUCGAGUUCAUGUUUAUUGUUUUGAUCAGAAUUUGGAUCUUGUUCCAAUUGGCUCUGAUUUAGAGCUUUUUGAACAGCUUAAACCAGGUUUGAGCUACUAUGCAAAAGAUCCACAGGCUGCUGCAAAUUCAUUAACUUCACUUCUUGACAAGGCAGAAAGUGUUGUUCCACUAGAUUUACGAUCAAAGACCCCUGUGAGAGUUGGGGCAACUGCUGGUCUGAGGGCAUUAGGAGGCGAGGCAUCUGAUAAAAUUUUGCAAUCGGUUAGGGAACUUUUGAAAAGUAGAAGCACCCUUAAAUCCGAGGCAAAUGGGGUCAAAAUUCUGGACGGCUCUCAAGAAGGUUCUUAUGAGUGGGUGACAAUAAAUUACCUACUAGGGAAUUUGGGAAGGACAUAUCAAGACACAGUUGGCAUAGUUGAUCUUGGUGGUGGAUCUGUUCAAAUGGCGUAUGCCAUCUCCGAGAAUGCUGCUUCAAGGGCUCCAAGUGUACCAGCUGGACAGGACAAUUAUGUAAAUGAAAUGUAUCUCAAGGGAUCAAAAUAUUACCUCUAUGUACACAGUUAUUUGCAUUAUGGCUUACUGGCAGCUCGAGCAGAAAUUUUUAAGGCCACUGAAGAUUCUGGCAACCCUUGCAUCUUGGAGGGUUUUGAUGGUACUUAUAAAUAUGGAGGAGAAGAAUAUAAAGCAUCAGCGCCGUCAUCUGGUUCAAGCAUGGAAGAAUGCAGGAGGGUGACUCUCAAGGCUCUUAAAGUAAAUGAUUCAUGCACGCAUAUGAAGUGCACAUUUGGUGGCAUAUGGAACGGCGGAGGUGGAGAUGGACAGAAGAAUCUGUUUGUUGCUUCAUUUUUCUUUGACAGGGCUGCCGAGGCUGGUUUUAUUAAAGCCAGUGAUCCUGUUGCAAAAGUUCAGCCCCAUUCGUUUGCAGAUGCUGCUAAACGUGCUUGUCAAACCAAGUAUGCAGAUGCUAAAGCAAUAUAUAAAGAUUUGGGCGAGAGUAACCUGGCAUAUAUAUGCAUGGAUCUGGUUUACCAGUACACGUUGCUCGUCGAUGGAUUCGGCCUUGAUCCGUACCAAGAUGUUUCGUUGGUGAAGAAAGUGAAAUACCGAAAUUCCUUUGUUGAAGCUGCUUGGCCGCUAGGCAGUGCCAUCGAAGCUGUGUCAGCAAUGAAGUAAAAAUUCCAGAACGACUCAGAAAUUGGAUUUUUUGGUGCGGAAUAAUCGGAAGAGAAAACAGUUUGAUUUAAUCUUCUUCAUUGGUAAUUUACAAUUUUCCCCCCCUGAUUUUUAUAAUUUUUGUGAGAGUUAAUUGAAUUAGUUCAUUUAGUUUGUAAACUGAUUAUGUUAUGUUACCAAUGUGUUUGUGUCCCUAAUACCUUUUUGUGAGUUAAAAUGAUGUUCAAUUCUCA